UAAUUCACGUGACCACACAGGUGGCUGAUAGGGUGAGACUACAAAAUAUUUUGUAUUUUGUUGACCAUUAGAACCAUGCUUUUUCUACUUUUUGACGAAGUGCUUGAACGCCAAUUCACUGGUUUUGUUGGAGGAACCAUGGACUGUAGAAUUGUGUCCUUCACGUGCCAGGAUCCAAGAAACGGGGUCCUAAAAUUCCGUCCUUUCACUAGUUUUACUAUUCCUUAUUUCCAUUUUUGAUUAAUUGUUUAAAAUGUAGGCAGGAGAUUCUUGGGCUAUCUCUCCAAAUAUUUUAUCGAGCAGAAAUGGUAUGCACAAUACCUUGGUACAACACCGUAUAUGCGAAAGGGGGGCGACUUUAGUUAUGCCCAACAAUGUAAUCUGUUCGUACUUCCACGUUGAAAGUCUUUGAACCUUUUAAAAAUUCCCUCUCACAGAGGGAAGGGGCUGGCUCCGGGAUACACCCCUUUUCGCGGGCUGCAGACUUUGCUUUGUCUUCAUCAGUGCGCAGGUCCAGUGACCUCCUGCUAUGGGUAAUUUUAUUUCCUAAAAUCAAAGAUGGUAGAUAAAGAUAUUUCCGUUCCAUAGCCUUUAGAUUUAGGCAAAAUUUAACAAAAAAUAAUAAUCAGAGAGUCAGAUUAGGUAACUAAGGGGCAGGAGAAUCGUCCAAGCUGCCUGCCAGCAAGUAUUCCUUUAGCCGUCCUAGCUAGUUGGGUAGCAAUCUAGCUAGCACAGCAACACUUAACCCGUUUGCACACAUAGCUGUCUGCUCUCUCGUGUUCCUUGUGGCCGAAGUAAAUUAACGUUAGAUCCAGCGACUUCGCACCCAAACCAUGGCAGCACCCAGAAAAGUACCGUUUGUCACACUGUCGGCCUUCACUGGGGUACCAGCCCCUGAGCCCAAGAAACGUCGGAAGGAGGAAGAAAUCGACCCCACUUUUGCAGAGCAUGAAAAACCUGGUACAGCGGAGACAGGAGCAGGAGGAGGUGGAGGUGACGGCGCUCUCUUCGGUAACGUUAAAGUUGGUGGGGGAGACACCGGGAAACCUAGUGGGAUCACGGUACGACUGAACCUUUGUCUGUCCGAGCCCAGCGACCAGGCGUCCGCCGAGUUCAGCUACAGCGAGCUGGUCCAGUCGCGCCAGGUGAAGAGGCACCCCCCACAGGGGCUGACACCUGCCUGUGACCCCACUGACCCUUUAGCGGACGAGCAGAGGGAGAGACGGGAAGUUGAAGCUCUUGCAAAGAAAUUCGAAAGCAAAUAUGGUAACAGUGUGAAGAAGAAGAGGAAGGACAGGAUGCAGGAUUUGAUUGACAUUGGCUUCGGCUACGACGAGAGCGACUCCUUCAUCGAUAACUCUGAAGCUUAUGAUGAGCUGGUUCCAGCAUCUCUCACCACCAAGUUGGGGGGAUUCUACAUCAACACGGGUACCCUGCACUUCCGUGCUGCCUCCGAAUCCGAGGGAGAGGAGGGGGGCAAGGGGGAAAAACUGCACAAGAGGAUGAAAGAUGGAGAAGAGCGUGUGAUUAAGAAGAGGAAGAAAAAAGAAGGAGUAAGUUUGGAGGAGAAGAAACCCAAGAAGAACCGACUGCCAAAGCCAGGAGGGCUGACCCUAGGCGCCCACCGCCCGGAGAAGAAGAAGCGGAAGAAGCUGAUGAAGGAUUCCCUGCACCUGGCCGCCAUCCUCCGCCGCUUCACCCCGGACAACACCGACAACCGCAAGAAGAGCCUCUCUGCGGCCAACGCCCGCGGCCCCGCCCACGCGGCCCAGCCUGCCGGAGUGGCCACCCCCCACGGCCCGCACCCCCCCUUUACCCCCGCGCACGCCGACCUCUCCAUGGCCGACCUCACCACCGACCCCGCGGUGAUGUCACUUCUGGGCUCGGCCAAUGAGAGCGAGAUGCUGCAGGACCUGAUGGGCGAGCUGGACUUUGGCGUGCUGGACUCACCCCAGGCCUGCAGCCCUACCCAGGGGGAGAACGGCCUGACCGGGGUGGGGCCGGGGCAGAAAGCUGGGUCUGGGGUGCUGGGGAAGGGCCAGGGGACGAGCCUCCUUACACCUCCACCGCUCCCUGCCAAUCUGCCUGCCCCCCUCCUGAAACGCAUCGAAGACCUGCGCCUGGCAUCCCGCCAGUUCGACCAGGAGGGGAGGAAGAAGUUCUUCACUCUGGACAUGAACAGCAUUCUGCUGGACAUUGAGCUGCAGGUGCAGGAGCAGCCGGCUGCAGUCCGCUCUGCGGUGUACUCUCACCUGGAGGCCUUCGUUCCCUGCAACAAGGAGGUGCUCCUCAAACGCCUUAAAAAGCUCAGCCUCAACGUCCAGGAUGACCGGCUGCGUGCCCCUCUGCUGAAGCUGAAGCUGGCUGUGUGCAGUGUGAUGCCGGAGCAGAUCACCCGAUACAACAUGGACUGCAUCGCCAGGGUGGCCAAGCAACAGUCUGAGGACGUGGAGAAGAAUGGGUCUGAAGAGGACGAUGAAGAGAAGCCCGGAAAAAGAGUGAUGGGGCCGCGGAAGAAGUUCCACUGGGACGACAAACUACGGACCCUGCUGUGCAACGUGGUGCGGGUAAAGCUGGGCUGCUACGAGCUGGAGCCGCAGUGCUCCCUGUCGGUGGAGGACUAUCUGAAAGCCUUCCUGGAGAGUGAGGUGAAGCCGCUCUGGCCCAAGGGCUGGAUGCAGGCCAGGAUACUGUUCAAAGAAAGCCGUUCAGUGCACAGCCACCUUACAGAUAACCCAGCCAAGAAAAAGAUGGUCCCCACUCCAAAAUCCAAACCCAGGGAGGGCGUCUGGGUCCAGAAACCGCCCUCCCUCUCGGUCCCGUCGGCCCGCCACCCGACCCCGUCGUCCCCGGAGACCAUCUGCGUGUCGGACUCCCCCGACGACGACCUCCCGCCGCCCUCCCCCGACUCCAUCUCCCACGCGCUGGCCCUGCUCAGCAGCGCCGCCAAGGGGCUGAUCCAGGACCGGCCCGCCUCCCCCAAACCCGCCGCCUCGGCCCUGGGGAAGAAGGCCGCGCCCUCCGUCAGCUCCCCGCCCGUCCCUCGGCCCGUGUCCUCGCCCGCGCCAUUUGGGACGGCGAAGGGUCCCCUCUCCCAGGCGCAGAGACACCCGCAGACGCACGCUCGCCAGCCGACCUUCCCCAUGCUCAAUAAACUCCAGGGCUCCAGUCCUCCGCCCCCACACAAGGCACGCCCGCCCCCCACUGCCUCCCCGCUCAUGCCCCCCCAGCAGAAGGUGGUCUUCUCUCCCGCUGUCAAGCAGGGAGUCCGGCCUGGCCUCACCACGCCCCCUGGUGGGCUAGACAAGGGUAGCGGUAAAGCUAGCAGCGGUAGCAACGGUAGCAUGGGUGUGGCCCCUCAGUGUAGGCCGAACGCCCUUCCUCAAACACGGCCACCUCAAACACCACACCUCAAAACGUCCUCCCACGCCUCCCCCGCGUCCUCUCCAUCCCCCGCCGCCUCGCCCGGGCCCACCCCUGUGCCCUCCCCCUCCCCCUCCUCCCAAACCAAACCCCACCAGCAGCAGCCGUCUAACUUCAUCACCCCGAUGCAGGUCACCCUGAGCAAGUCCUCACACAGCAGUAACCCCUCCAUCAUCAAACUGAGCCACCGCCCGCCUGCCCCGGUGCCCCCUCCUUCCUCAUCUCCCUCCCUCCCUCCCCACUCCCACCCGCAGUCCAUCCCAAACAUGCACCUGCACACCUCCAAGAGCUCCACCGUCCGCCCUCCCUUCCCUGUGCCGGGUGGCGGGGCUAAGAGCUACGGCACCCCCGCGGCUCAAAAGGCCGUCUCCCAAGGCAACUGCAACACCAGCCCCAGUCUUCCAAGCUCUUCACCUGCUCCCGGUCGCCGGGUCUCCAGCCCCUCCCCCGUUGCCUCUCCAGCCAAUCAUGAGCAGCGGCAAAGGACAGCAGGCGGGGCUAGCCCGGGGACUAAGCCAGCGGUGAGCCGGGCUCCGGUCGCCACUCCACCGUCGCUCCCAGUCACAUCUCCGCUAUCGCAGAUAUCGUCGGCAGGGAGCAGCCUCCUAGGGACUCCUCCCCCGUCCCUCCCCCUGGGGUUUGGCAUGCUGGGGGGACUGGUCCCGGUGUCCCUGCCCUUUCACCUCCCGUCCCUCCUCAACUUCACCCCUCCUACCGGGCAGACGGGGGCCAGCGCCGGGAGCGAGGGCGCCAUGGCGACCGGGAACAACUCAGGAUAUAGCCUGGCACAGAAUCUGUAUAAGAGCCUCCAGGUGGGGCCUCUCUCUGCACUGCCUCCUCACUUGCAGCUUGCUUUCUCAGAUCAAAUCAAUCAAAGCCAGGAAGGGGAUACGAAUAGGAAGUCUCUCUGACCCAGAUCUAUGGGAACACACGGCAGGGCCCAACCCACCAGGAUGACAUCACCCUGGACUAAUCAAUACUUGGGAUGGCUUUGACUGCCGGAUGAACUUGUUGAUGGAUGCUCAUUUGAGUACGCCUGAAAAGUAUUUUUUUUACUGUAAUAAUGCAUCAUUAAUAAUGUCAACAGAAUGGAUGGAUGGAUGAAUGAACUUUUCCUAUUCUUUUUUUUGACAAUGUUUACAUGAUGGACCUUUAUCACUGUGGAAGGAGAGGUGGAGGGCAAUGUAAUGUUUGAAAUCACUGUUUUAUAUGGUACGGCCACGGUCAGGUCAGUGCAUUCUGGGAGUUUGUGUAUUUAUUAGCCACUGCCAAUAAGAUUUCUGGUAAAACCAGCUAGCUUGUAGUGAAUGUAGCCCCCCCCCCCCCUCUCAGGGGAAAACCGUUUUUAGACAAAAUAUCCCCCCCCCCCUGUGAGCAUGUACAGGUUUGUGUGCCUGUGUGCACACUAGACUCCAGUGUCCAGGUCACUUUGAGUGCACACUCCCCCCACCUCUCUCUCCCACUCUCUUUCUGGUGCUGUAUUUUACACUGGUGUGUGUGUUUGUGUGAGUAAAAGGGAAGAAGUUUGUAUUCUACUUGAAUACUUUUUUAUAUACACAUGUACAAAUGUUGCCACUAAAAACACAUCAAAAAGCCUUAGCGUGUAAUAAAAACUAUGCAGGGUGAUAAACGUUUCUCAAACCAAAA